CCGGUACUUAAAGACCGAUUUCAUAUUUGCUCAUUUUCUCAUGGUUGUGCUUGCCAUAAACAUCCAACUACGACCUUUAAUACUCGAGGAUAUUUACAACUGAUCCUAGAGAAACUGUUUGCUAAAUCGUCUAAUCGCACGUGAUGGAUGCCGGAGGACAAAGACGCAGAUGGGAGUACUUCUGGAUUGCUUUUUUUAUUUCUUUUAUUCUUGCAUUUGGACAGCGAGUUUCAGCUCAGAUAAGAUAUUCAAUUCCAGAAGAAGUGAAAGAAGGAACAGCUUUGGGAAAUAUUGCUAAGGAUUUGGGUCUUGAAGUAAGUAGCUUGGUGGACAGGCAGUUUCGAAUCGUUUCUGGAUCUAAGGAGGAGCUGUUUCAGAUAAAUCAGGAAAAUGGCGUUUUGUACGUCCAUAAGAAAAUCGACAGAGAGUCUUUGUGUGCUGGCAGCGGUGUUUGCAUGGUAAAUUUAAAAACCGUUAUUGAAAAUCCUCUCGAGAUACAUUAUGUGGAGGUAGAAAUAUCAGAUAUAAACGAUCAUUCUCCUAGUUUUCCUGAAAAAGAGCAGCGCCUGAGAAUUUAUGAAAAUACACUGCCUGGUGCUACUUAUCAGUUACAGGCAGCCGUUGAUCCAGAUUCUGGAACGAAUUCGGUCCGGACCUAUAAGUUAAGUCCUAAUGAUCAUUUUGAAAUUCGAUUGAGAGAGAGUGAUGAGGAUAAGGUACCGUUUUUAGUCCUGAAGAAGGCUGUUGAUAGGGAGAUUACAACUACAUACAAGUUACUUUUAACAGCAGUUGACGGAGGGAAUCCUCCGAAAUCUGGCAUUCUUAACAUUACUAUUACUAUUCUAGAUAUAAAUGAUAAUCAUCCUGUUUUUAGCCGAGAUACAUAUUCUGUUACAUUAAAGGAGAACUGUAUUACUGGCACUGUGGUUAUCCGUGUAAAUGCAACUGAUAUGGAUGAGGGCACAAACAGCGAUAUUGAAUACAGUUUUGCAACGUUAAAUAGCUACGUGAAUGAAUUUUUUGAACUCGAUCAGGUCACAGGUGAAAUACGUGUAAAGGGAAAAGUUGAUUUUGAAGCUGCAGAAGUUUAUAAACUCAAUAUUCAGGCAUCGGAUAAGGGAUAUCCACCUAUGUCUGCAAACUGUAGAGUUGUUAUUAAGAUUAUCGAUGUGAAUGACAACCGGCCAGAAAUUGAGAUUACGUCACUUUAUAAGAACAUCCCUGAAGAUUCUAAACCUGGAACGGUCAUUUCUCUCAUCAGUGUGACCGAUAAAGACGCAGGGAUCAAUGGUAAAGUGAUUUGUCAGUUAAUCAGAAAUAUUCCCUUUGAACUUAAGCCUUCUUUCAAAGACAAUAUGUACUCUUUGGUGACAAAAGAUCGGUUAGAUAGAGAAACGAGUUCACAGUACGACAUUACAAUAACAGCCUCAGAUUUAGGACAGCCGUCUUUGACUGCAUCGACCACUAUAACCGUUCAGAUUUCUGAUGUUAAUGAUAACGCUCCGGAAUUUGUAAUAAAUCCUUUAGACCUCUAUAUAAUGGAAAAUAAUGCAGCCGGGUCGUCUAUCAUUUCUGUAAGCGCCUUUGAUAGAGACACUGCUGAAAAUGCUAUGAUAUCGUAUCAUAUAAUUAGAGGUGAUGGAACACCGAAUGAUUUGUCAUCUUUUUUAAAUAUAAAUUCCGCCACUGGUGUUGUUUAUUCGCUGAAAAGCUUUGACUUUGAAACACUAAAGACUUCCCACUUCCAUGUUCUCGCUACGGAUUCUGGAACUCCAUCUCUGAGCAGUAACGUGACAGUGAACGUGUUUAUUCUGGAUCAGAACGACAAUGUUCCAGUGAUCUUGUAUCCAGUCAGCUCUAACGGUUCUGCUGAGGGUGUGGAAGAGAUUCCCCGUAAUGUGAACGCAGGUCAUUUGGUGACUAAAGUCAGAGCCUAUGAUGCAGAUAUAGGAUACAACGGCUGGUUAUUAUUUUCACUGCUGGAAGUUAGUGACCACAGUCUCUUUAGUUUGGAUCGUUAUACAGGACAGAUAAGGACCCUUCGCUCAUUCACAGAAACAGACGAGGCCCAGCAUAAACUGCUCAUUCUGGUCAAAGACAAUGGGAACAUUUCACUCUCAGCAACAGCGACUGUGAUUGUCAAAGUUGUGGAGCCCAAAGAGGCUUUUGCAGCUUCUGAUGUGAAAAACGUAGUAAAAGAGGAGGAGGAAAACAGCGUUACAUUUUAUUUGAUCAUCACUUUGGGCUCAGUUUCAGUGCUUUUUGUCAUCAGCAUCAUCGUGUUGAUUGUAAUGCAGUGCUCUAAAUCGACAGACUAUUCGUCCAAGUAUUUACAGGAACCAAAUUACGACGGGACUCUGUGUCACAGCAUCCAGUACAGAUCUGGAGACAAACGGUACAUGUUAGUUGGACCCAGAAUGAGUAUCGGCUCUACUUUAGUCCCGGGCAGUAAUGGAAAUACUCUAGUGAUACCAGAUCGAAGGAGGAGAGAUUCUGGAGAGGUAAGAGUAACGGAUUAA